AUGUGGCUUCUCCGCGUCUGUCUUGGCAGCAGCGAACUUCUCCACGACAUUGGUGGAUUUCACUUUGUCCAUGUUGGCCUUCAUCAAACCCUGAAGUGGCGUCUUUUCGAUGUUCCUCGAUGCACAACGCAUUGCAAUGCUGCACACUGGGCUGGCGGGUCGACUGGAGCUUUCAUUGGGCAGUGGUUGCGUGGCAUCGAAGCAAUCACGGCCUUUCGAACGGCCUUUGCUUUGGCCUUGCGUUUGCUGCUGGCCUUUGCCUUUGCGGCGCCCUUGGUGGGGUCAACAGCAUCUACCUUGGCUUCGCCAUCAUCCAUUUCAAAAUCAGGUAGCUGCACGCAGCAAUCGAAUGGCGCCAUAUCUAUAUGA